AUGGCAUCUCGAGUCUCGCCGCUCAUGACGCUUUUGGCGACAAUCUUCCUCUUCGCCACAAAUGUUUUUGCAAUCUCAGCUGUUUUGGGUGUCGACCUUGGUACCGAGUACAUCAAGGCCACUCUUGUCAAGCCUGGAAUUCCUUUAGAAAUCGUCCUAACAAAGGACUCCCGACGAAAAGAAACCUCCGCCGUUGUCUUCAAGCCCUCCAGAAAUGGUCCUCAGAAGGGCGACUACCCCGAGAGGGCCUAUGGUGCCGACGCCAUGGCUCUCGCCUCUCGAUUCCCUAGCGACGUCUACCCGAACCUCAAGACCAUCCUCGGCCUGACCACUCAAGAUUCUGUGGUUCAGGAGUACGCUGCCCGACACCCUGCGCUGCAAUUGCAGUCCCAUCCCACACGAGGCACCGCCGCAUUCAAGAGCAAGUCCUUUACUGACGAUGUAGAAGCCUGGAUGGUUGAGGAGCUGCUCGCUAUGGAGCUACAGAGCAUCCAGAAGAACGCUGAGGUGGCCGCUGGUGAUGGAAGCAUCGUCCGCUCCAUUGUCCUGACCGUUCCUCCUUUCUAUACCGCCGAUGAGAAGCGGGCUCUUCAGACUGCUGCUGAGCUUGCUGGUCUCAAGGUCCUGGGACUUCUCAGCGAUGGUCUCGCCGUUGGUCUGAACUACGCUACUACCCGGGAGUUCCCCAACGUCAGCAACGGAUCUAAGCCCGAGUACAACAUCAUUUUCGACAUGGGCGCUGGCUCCACCAAGGCUACCAUCUUGAAGUUCCAAGGCCGAUCUAUCAAGGACAUUGGCAAGUUCAACAAGACUGUUCAGGAGGUUCACGUCCUAGGCGCUGGUUGGGACCGCACUCUUGGCGGUGACUCCCUCAACUACCUCAUUCUGGAUGAUAUGGUCAAGCAGUUCGUCGAGUCCAAGGCCGCUCAGAGGGCUUCUGUCGCUGCUGAGAGUGUCAGGUCCCACGGCCGCGCCAUUGCGAAGCUCACCAACCAAGUCGAGAAGGUUCGCCAUGUCUUGAGUGCCAACCAGAACACCGGGGCCAGCUUCGAGGGCUUGUACGAGGACAUCGACUUCCGAUACAAGAUUACCCGCACUCAGUUCGAGGAGAUGGCUGCUGAGCACGCUGAGAGGAUCACUGUUGUAAUCAACGAUGCCCUGAAGGCGGCUAACCUCGACAUCAUUGACAUCGACUCCAUUAUCCUCCACGGUGGUGCUUCUCGCACUCCUUUCGUCCAAAAGGUCCUUGAGAAGGUUUCUGGCUCUCCUGAGAAGAUUCGAUCCAACGUCAACUCUGAUGAGGCCGCCGUAUUCGGUGCUGGUUUCCGCGCUGCUGAGCUCAGCCCCAGCUUCCGUGUCAAGGAGAUCCGAAUUGCCGAGGGUGGUUUCUACCCCUCUGGUGUGAAGUGGGAGACCAAGGAGGGAAAGACUCAGCACCAGCGACUCUGGUCUGCCGUCUCCCCUCAAGGCGCUGCCCCCAAGGAGCUUACAUUCACCAACGAGAAGGACUUCACUGCUACUUUCUACCAGCAAAUUGGCUCUGAUGAGAAGGAUGUUAAGACUCUGACUACCAAGAACUUGACUGCCACUAUCGCUGCUAUUAAGCAGAAGUAUCCCUCUUGCGUCGAGUCUGAGGUUCGCUUCAAGCUCGGUGUCAAGCUCAGCGGCGAGAACGGUGAGGUUGAGAUUGCCAAGGCUGCUGUUGAGUGCGAGGCCGAGGUUAAGGAAGGCCUCGUAGAUGGUGUCAAGAACUUGUUUGGCUUUGGCAAGAAGGACCAGAAGCCUCUGAAGGAGGGUGAAGGCUCUGAGGAAGAGAUGAAGGAUGACAGGUCUUCCUCUUCCACUGCUUCUCCUGAGUCUGCUACCGCUUCAGCAGCCGACUCUGCCGCUUCUGGAAGUACCGAGGAGGUCAAGCCUGAGGCCAAGAAGCGAGAGAUUGUUGGUAUCCCUGUUGAGAUCACCAUGGAGAACCGUGGUAUUCCUGCCCUUACACCAGCCGAGAUUUCCAAGUCUAAGGACCGUCUCAAGGCCUUUGCUGCCUCUGACAAGGCGCGCCUACAGCGAGAGGAGGCUCUCAACCAGCUUGAGGCAUUCACCUACAAGAUUAGGGAUCUCCUUGAGGGAGAUGCCUUUAUUGCGGCUUCUACUGAGAAGGAGAGGACCAAGUUGGCAGAACUUGCCAGCGAGACAAGUGACUGGCUCUACGCCGAUGGUGCAGAGGCUACCAAGGAUGUUCUCAAGUCUAAGCUCAAAGUUCUCAAGGACCUAGUCACACCCAUCCAGAAGAGAGUUGAAGAGACCGAGAAGCGACCUGAAUACCUCACUGCACUAAAGCAGACUCUGGAGAACACUCAGGGAUUCGUCGACAAGAUCAAGGGACAGAUUGCUGAGCAUGAGAGUUGGCAUAAGUCCGCCUCUGAGUCCGCCUCUGCAUCUUCAUCAAUUGAGUCUUCCAGCACCGAGGCUGCGCAAGAGAAGGCCACAGGUGACUUUGACGGACUGGAAGACGAAGAUCCUGCUGUUGCGGAGGCCCGCAAGAUGGAGCAAGUGAUUAGGGAGAAGGGGCCUAUUCCUCCUCUGUACACUUUGGAGGAUCUCAAGGAAGUGAUUGAUCUUCACAAGGCCACUCUGGACUGGUUGAAUAACCUCGAGGCCAAGCAGUCUAAGCUUGCUGCCACUGCCGAUCCUGUACUCCUCAUCAAGGACCUCAAGGUCAAGCGUGACAAGCUCGAGAAGGCUAGCGUCGAGGCCGCCCUCAAGGGUGCCAGAAAGGUGGAAGAGAAGAACCGACAGGCCAAGAAGGCUGCCAAGGAGGCUAAGAAGAAAAGCAAAAAGAGCAAGACGACAAGCGGAGAGGCGUCACAGGAGACAGUGCAGCUUAACGCCGAGGACUUCAUGAAGGACGGUGAGAUUGAUAAGGAGCAGCUCGAGAAGUUGCUCAACGACAUGAAGAAGGAGAACGAGAAGAAUGAGAAGAACAAGAAGAGCGAGGGAGAGAAGAAGCAGACUCACGACGAACUAUAG